UCUAACUUCUAUUUUUUUUGCAGUUCAAAUAGCCUUCUUCCUAAUCGUAAUGUGCAUCGCUUGUUUUUUAGGAAUUUGCGGUGCAGUAAUCAUAGUCAGUUUAUUCGAGAUGGUCAGUAAUUUCCCUUCAGAAUAUUACUCUGCCAUUUUGACAGCUCAAGCGCUGUGCGGUGUGAUAUCGGCUAUAAUUCAAAUUAUAACCAUCAGUCUUAGCAGUGAUUCCCCCAUGCUAGGAGGAUUCAUAUUUUUUGGAAUCGGUACUGCAAUGGUCUGUGUGACAUUAUCAAUCUACACAUAUUCCAAAAAAAAUUCGCAAUACUUCAUCUACCAUGUCGGUAACGAUCCCAUGGAACAUACCGUGCAACCAAGUCGUAGAUUCCUGGUAAGGAUGUGGACCAAAGCCAAACAUCCCUUGAAGAACACCAGAAUCUACAUGAUCUCAUUGGUUAUAGUGUCCGGUACCACCGCAAUAAUGUACCCUGGUGUGAUGUCACUAGUCGUUGCUGAACUUAGUGACGGAAUUAGUGAUAACAAAUGGGCAGAGUUCUAUUUUGUCCCAGUGGUAACAUUUCUAGUCGCAAACCUUUGCGAUUUAAUUGGAAGACACUUGGCAACAAAAAUAAAGCAGCCUAACCACGAAUGGGUGGUGUUAGCAAUCGCGAUCCUUAGAAUAGGAUUUAUUCCGCUGUUGACUUAUUGCAACGUCCAGCCAAGGUUUCACAUACCAGUAUUAUUCUAUGAUGUGCCAUACGUCAUGUUUACGAUUUUAUUUAUGUUUUCGAAUGGAUACCUUAUUAAUCUGUGUAUUGUUACAGUCCCUACGAGGUAAGCGAUACAUUGGGAUCCCGGAAACAGUAAGAGGUACAGGAUGGCAUAAAUUGGGGCAAAGUUGCCUGUUAGUGAUCGUGAUGUUAGUGAUAGUGAUAAUUAAUUUAGCAAUUGAACUUAU